AUGGAAAGUUUAGAACAAGUGAACUGCCUGGUGGCGGACGGCAAGAAGUUCGCCCAUCCCUUGCAUCACCUCGGGAAAUCGGAGGGAGACCUCCCCGUGAUCGCCAUCGACUCCUUCCGCCACAUGUACCUCUUCCCCGACUUCCAGCAGAUUCAGUGGGAUUUUAUUCGCCUUUCAAGGGGUUUUCAAAGCGAUUUUCAGCACCCCCGGCAAACUUCGCCAGUUCGUGCUGGACCUCCACAGCGGCAAACUCCAUCGUGAGUUCCACCACGGCCCGGAUCCCAACCAACCUCAGGUCAGUGAGCAGGAGCUCAAAAAGCGAUUAGUUUUCAACUCGACCUCGAAAUUCGACGAAAGAUAAUUCUGUAUUGAAGCCAUUUCAAAAAUGCCGUUUUUUUCAAGUUUUCUUUUAGGAUUUUGCUCGUUGGGGAACUGUUUCAUCUCCCCGGCUGAACUUUUGAUAAAAAAUUCGGGGAAGGGUACUUUAGGCUCUACUGAUCGCAGAACAAAAAAAAAUUUCUCGCAAUAGAUCUUGUUUCCGAGUUAUGGAGCUUCAAAGUGUGCAAAAUACGCAAAUCAUCAGGCUUAGUGUCCUAACUCGGGAACGAGAUCUAUUGCGAGAAAUUCUUUUCUUUUUCUGCAAUCAGGAGGUCCUAAACUACCCUUCAGCGAAGUGUCAUCAAAAGUUCAACCACGGGGGUAAAAAAAACGCUCCCUAGUCAGUAAGCAGAAGCUCAAAAUGUGACUCUAUCUGUAUGAGGUUUCCAAAUUACUCGAAAGACAACAGAAAUAACCUUUUCAUGAGGUCUUCUUCUUUUCAAUAUCUUCUUAAGUGUGGUAUUUUCAUGAAAAACCAUCAAUUUAGAAACGCCAGAGUGGUCCCUAGAGGGAUUAGGAUAAAGACAGAACCUACAGGGGAAAAAUAACGAUAAACAACGAAAAUUUCCCUAGAGUGGCCACUUUUGCAAGCUUCAGUGCCCCCUAUAGGGGAAGGUAAGGUGGUCCUUAGAGGGGGGGCGUUCGAGGGCUUCUAAGCUUGCCCCUCUAGGGUUCACUCUGGCCUUUCACUCAAGGCGUGAUUUCAAAAAAAGGCUUAUUCUUUCCAUUUCUUUCUGCUUCUUUUUUUCUUCUUUAUUGAGGCAAAAAGUGUUUCAAAAAAAUAAAUAUGUUUUUAAUUCUUCUCAGGUAUGGAUUGUUGAGUAAUAAAGUAAAUUGGAAUAAUAGUUCUGAUUUCAGGAAAUCGCCGGAGCUCCCGAAACGCAGCCGCCGCCGUCGGUUUUCGAGAAACUGAAGCCGGCUUCGAAUCGUUACACGAUUCUCGAAAAAACCGAACUCUAA